UAAAUGAUAUUGGUGUAAAAAGAGCUGAAGUUGGCGAACCCAAUUCCAAAAUGAGGCUCAGCAUCACGAGUGAAGAUGACGCAUAUACAAUUCCCGCGUCGCUUCCCGGGAGCGCUACGUCUUCAUCUUCCUCGUCGCUUACACAGUCACAAAUGUUUCUUCACGCCGUGGCAGUUGAAAAAAGCAACAUUGUGAAUCUCUUCAAGCUGACCUUGAAGAAAUUGCUAGAUUCAAUGAACAGUUUGGGACGGCGUAUGCUGAGCUACCGUCAUGAACCCUUGCAACAGUUCAUGCUAGUUAUUGAACGGGUUCUGCAACAUGGUUUUAUAUCUGGGCGAUCAUCUGGCUUCAGCAUCACUGGGUCUAAUCAGAGGACUUUCUGGAAUGCGCUGGACAAAAUGGAUUCUAUGAGUCCAAACUGUGUCGAAAUUCUGCACAACGUACGCGCUCUCCCUGAUAUCAAAUCUGGUUUGGGACGGGGAAGGGCCUGGAUCAGAUUUGCCCUGAUGCAGAAGAGACUGUCAGAGUACUUCGACAUCCUCUCACAUUCCAAAAACCAACUCAAAGAUUUUUACGGUGCUUCUGCUUUGAUUCUGGAUGAAGACACAGUCUCGAUGCUGUCUGGUCUGAUGGUCGGGCUAAAUGUGCUCGAAUUCAACUUCGUACACAGAGAUGAAGAUUUAGACAAUUUGCCAACUGUGAUUGACUUGAGUCCUUUUUUAAAAGACGGAAAUUACCUGGAGCGUGUGUCCGACAACAUUUCAAAUAUGUCUAUGAAUUCAUGCGAUGAUGAUUCAGAUCUGCAGCAGGAAAUUCUGGACUUAUCCAAUCAAAAUAGUUACAUUGAAGAAAUCAACAAAAAAUUGAAAAACCAAGUAAAUGAACUUGCUGCCAAAAUUACGAACUUGGAAACUGAGAAAAUGGAAAUUGGUUUCAAGUUAGAAGGAACAGAAUUGAAGUUAGAAGAAGUUAGAUUAGAAAGAGACAAUUUGCUAAAUGAGAAGAACUCCAGAGAAGAGCAUGAGAAGAAGAGAAUGGAUAUGGCCCAGGCGGACAUACAAGUGGAGAGAGAGACCAUACAGGCUAUGAACCAGAGUCUGGACGUUACAAAUCAGCAGCUGAAGGAGAAACUGGCUGAUGAGAUCACUCACAGAUUGGAAGUUGAGAAGGAGGUGCAGCUGCAGGUGAGCAUGCGUAUAGAGGCGGAGGAGGCGACCAGACUGAUGGAACAGGACAUACAUGAGAAACAGGACUCACUUGUCUCCCUCAGACAACAGCUGAAAGACAUCAAGACCCUCAAUCUACAAUUAUACACUACUGCUCAGGAAAGACUGGCAGAGUUGGAGCAUAAGAACUCAAUCGUGAAACAGUUAGAAGAUAAGAGUUUCAGAAUGAACGACACCCUCAACGAUCAGCAGAAAGAGUUGAAGGGAAUGGAACAAGACAAGACAGCAGCAGUGGAAACUGCGAGAAGUCUGGGUGCACAGCUGUCUGACAAAGACAACGCAAUAUCAUGCCUGGAGACAGAUGUUAGUAUAGAGCGUGAGUGGAGAACGACUCUGCAGAAGGAAAAGGAGGCACUGGUCUCCGAACUGGAGUUGAUCAAGCUGCAACUGAAGAAAGUACCCUCUCUAGAGAAAGAGCGAGAUUCCCUGCAAGAGAAAGUUCUCUUUCUCUCCCGCCAAAUAGAGGAGAGUGAGUUGAGUCUGGCGGACAUGGGACUGAAGUUGAGGUUGAAGGAGGAGCAGCUGGAACUGUUGAAGGAGGAGGAGGAGAAAAAGAAGUGCAGUGGGUGGGUGGAUGAAAAGACAGUGAGGAGUUGUAUGCAGUGUGACACUGAGUUCACUAAUCUCGUCAGAAAGCACCACUGCAGAAACUGUGGCAAUGUGUUCUGUAACAGCUGUUCGAACUACAAACUGAAGUUGCCAAGCUCCAAGGAUCCAGUGAGAGUAUGCCUGGAAUGCAGAUCCAAAAUUAACCAGCAGAGUCUAUGACAAAACUGAAGUCGCGAAGUCAGCACAUCACGUGGUUGAUCUUAACCGAUCAUUUUUAUCAACAAAAAUUUAAUAAAUUAUGUCGAAAUGAAAAUCAACCGGCUGAGCUGAACAAGUUUAAUUGAAU